AUGAUAUACCUGCCUAUACUUGAUAGCCAAGUGCAAGGUGAGUUCGUUGAUCUCAAAGAGCCAAUUCAAAUCCCUGGUUGUAAACCACUUCAAUCAGGGGAUCUAGUUGAGCAGGUUAGGAAUCGCAAGAUUGAGGGGUAUCAAUGGUUCUUACACCAUGCAAGCCGGUUUCCGCUUGCUGAUGGGAUUCUCUUAAACACAAGUCAAGAUUUUGAGGCAAAAACUAUUAAAGCAUUGCGAGAAGAUCCAAUCCUGCGACAGUUAGGUACUCCAUGUGUAUAUCCGGUCGGUCCGCUUGUUCGGGCACCAUUUGCAGAAGUAGUAAAAGAUGAACAGUAUAUGAAAUGGCUUAACCAGCAACCGCAUGAAUCAGUGAUAUAUAUGAAAUGGCUUAACCAGCAGACUACAGAGUUAGCUUGGGGUUUAGAAUUGAGUCGAAAACGAUUCAUAUGGGUGGCUCGAAAACCAGUAGAAGCGUUUUCAUCUUUCAGUGUGGGUAAUAAGCCUGAUGAAUAUUUACCACAUGAGUAUCAAUACAGGAUCAGUGGAGUAGGUUUGGUGAUCCCUUCAUGGGCACCACAAGUGGAGAUACUGAGUCACUCAUCAGUAGGUGGAUUUCUAAGUCACUGCGGUUGGAACUCAACAUUGGAAAGCAUUUGCCAUGGUGUGCCCAUGAUAGCAUGGCCGUUAUACGGAGAACAACCGAGUAACGCUGCAAUGCUUGAAGAAGAGAUCGGAGUUGCCGUGAGAGUGAAGGUAAAGAGUGAUAAUGGAGUCGUGGGUAGGGAAGAGAUUGCGAAAUUAGUAAGGUUGUUAAUCGAGGAAGGAAAUGAAGAUACUGAUCACAGGGGUUUCCAUUUGAGAACUAGAGCAAAACAACUUCAGAAAUUGAUGAUUCAAGCUGUGAAUGAAGGAGGCUCAUCUUACAAUUCAUUAUCGGAGAUAGCAAAUAUAUGGAAAACCGGAGCGCAGAGCCUGGUGCAUCAUUCAUCAAAUACGUUUUACAAAUCAAAAGAUCCUGAAGUUCAAUAA